AUGGUGCACAACCCACUACUACAUAGCCAAAAUGCUGCAGCUAAGACUAGUCGGGUAAAUACAAUCCUAGUUCAUCAACCCACGGUGGAGAUAUUUGCGUUAAUUGAUGAGGGAGCAUCAUGCACGUUGAUGGACAGUAAUUUGGCUGAGCAGCUAGGUCUCGACGGCCCUGGCGAAGACUUGUGCUUGAGAUGGACGGGCGACAUAACACAGCAGGAGGUAAACUCAAAGGUUUUAAACUGUGAAAUAUCUGCAAGACAGAAAAAUUCUAGGCGAUAUCGUAUGCACAAUAUUCGAACAAUCACUGACCUUGAGUUACCGCAACAAACUCUCAACGCAGACACUUUAAAUGAGCACAAACACCUGAAGUCAUUGCCUAUUCUACCAUACACCGACUGCAAAGCGCGAUUAUUAAUAGGAUUCGACAACACGGCUAAACUUUGCGUACCUGUGGAGGUGAGUCAAGCUGAAGGUGAUGAUCUAAUAGCUGCGCGUUGUAAAAUAGGUUGGUCAGUAUAUGGGCAGGAUAAGUCGGCAUAUCAGCCAGACGAAAAUCUGCUCCACGUUUGCACCUGUACUAAAUAUGAUCAGCUUGAUAACUUAAUGAAAGCCUAUUUCUCUAUCGAUUCGGUGGGUAUCAAUCCUGUUCUCAAACCGCUUAGAUCAAGGGCAGACGAGCGUGCUUACCACAUAAUGGAGAAAACAGUUUUGUAUGAUGCCAGUGUUAAGAAAUGGGAAACGGGCCUCUUGUGGAAAUAUGACCACAUUGACUUGCCCGACUCCUAUCGAAUGGCAUAUAAUCGUCUCCAAUGUCUGGAAAAGAAGAUGGAAAAGAGCCCCGAUCUGAAGCAAUAUCUUGUUGGGAAGUUAAAUGACUAUCUCGAAAAGGGUUACAUAAGAAAACUAAAUGUCGAGGAAAUAUCGAAAGGAGGCAAAUCUUGGUUUAUUCCAAUAUUCACAAUUGAGAACGUUAACAAAAAUAAAUUGAGAAUCGUGUGGGAUGCAGCAGCUAAGGUGAGUGGCACCAGUCUGAACGACGUAUUAUUGAAAGGACCCGAUCUUCUAAGAUCGUUGGUAGGUGUCCUAUUGAGAUUUCGUGAACGACCAGUGGCCAUCUGUGGAGAUAUUCGUGAAAUGUUUCACCAAAUUAGGGUGAGAGCGGAAGAUCAGGUAGCACAGCAGUUCCUGUGGCGAAACGGCGAUAGUAGCAGACAUCCCGAUAAGACACUACCAAAUGCUGUGGCAACAAUUGUCGAAAAUACGUUUGUGGACGAUUGGUUGCAUAGUAUGGAUGAUGAGGAAGAAAUGAUUCGACUAGCUACUGACGUCCGCUUCAUCCAUUGUGAAGGUGGGUUCGAGAUGCGAAACUGGUUGUCGAAUUCUCAACGAGUUCUGCAAGCGCUCUCAAGUAAGCAUGAACCCGCGAAUAAAUGCUUCAUAGAGCCAGGAUCAGAACUUCAAAAGGUUCUUGGUAUGUGGUGGUUACCAACCAGUGACGAACUAACCUUUGUUCACAGGUUUAAACCGGAUAUCUUCAAUGAAUCCACUUUUCCAACGAAACGACAAAUGCUUCGAGUAAUGAUGACUAUAUUCGACCCUUUGGGUCUGUUGGGGUUUAUUUUAAUUAAAGCAAAGAUGAUAUUACAAGAUGUGUGGCGAUCGGGCGUAACUUGGGAUGAGCCUGUACAUGAUAAAGAACGUUCCGCUUGGUGGCAGUGGCUGCGAAAGCUACGCUGUAUUGAUAAAAUCCGUAUUCCAAGGUGCUACACUUUCGCAAAUCGCAGCAGCGAUAACCAACUUCAUAUCUUCGUUGAUGCUAGCAUAUCAGCAUAUGCUGCUGUGGCCUUUCUUCGUUCAAGUAUGGGCGACAAAGUUCAUUGCUGUCUCGUUGCCUCCAAGACACGAGUUGCUCCGUUGAAGCCACUCUCAGUGCCGAGACUUGAGUUGAUGGCAGCCAUCUUAGGACUUCGUCUAGCUAAGUUCAUAAGAAAGGAACUCUCCAUACAAAUUAACCGCCGGAUCUUCUGGUGCGAUUCGAAGGAUGUCCUAUAUUGGAUUAGGUCUGACGCCAGAAAAUUCAACCAGUUUGUAGCGGUGCGAAUUGGCGAAAUUCUAGAGGAUUCACAAAUCAACGAGUGGCGGUGGGUACCAACGAAGGAUAACGUAGCUGACGAUGGUACAAAAUGGUACAAUAAUAUGGAAUUAAACAGCUCUGGGAGAUGGUUUACGGGCCCUGAAUUCCUAAGUCUAUCAGAAACUCUCUUGCCAACAUCCGAAAUCAAAGAGCCACAAGCCGUAGCAGAAAAUAUAAAGCACGUAACAAUUGAUUCUUCGAAAGAUGUUGUGAUACUCAAACAGAUCCUACAAGGUUUAAACACCGCUAGAAAUCCAGUUACUCAAACAAUUAUUUCCGAUAGCACCUGUACAAGUGCAGAACUACUUCUCUUCCGCAAGUGCCAGGAAGAAUGCUAUGGCGCAGAGUUUGAUCAAAUAAAAAAAGGCGCG